AGCUGGUGGGAUGCGUUCGAUGCGUAUGAUCCCGAUUGCCCAAGCUUCUGAGUCUUGAGCUUUUGAAAUCAUACAGGUUGUCGAGAUUCGGUUCUGUCCAAUCUCAGACCAGACCGCGAUAGGUCUAAUGACUCGGAUUACCGAUGGUGUGUGCCGCACCAGGCCUAAGCCGGGCUAGCCGGAUAGAUCCGACGGAUGCGAUAGCGAAUCACUCAAACGCCGAACGUACGUAAGUGACGGCUCGUUCAGGUGACGAAUCGGUAGAUCAUAGUCUUGCGUUUGUCGCGGCAGUGGAUCCUCAGCCAAGUAUAUUGCUCUUACUUGUUCAGAUCUCUGUCGCAGGACCUGACCACGUUAUCGCUUUCAUUUGACAUACAGAGGAUUCCAGACAUACUCUUUUUCCACCAUCACCAUGCCAGGACCUUCAGUGCAACUCGCUCAGGGAGUCGCCGUGGGUACGACACUUGACGAAGAAUAUCCUCGCGCAGUUGAAGCUUUCAGAGGAAUUCCGUAUGCAUUACCACCGACAGGCGAGCUGCGGUUUCGACCACCAGUCAAAGUGCCGAAAGGGAACGAGAGAAUCGACGCAACAAAAUUCGGAUAUAGAGCUCCGGCUCAGCAAUUCAUCAAGUGUGGACCAACAUUGGAGGAAAGCGAAGAUUGUUUAACUGUGAAUGUGUUUCGGCAAGCACAACAUAGUGGCUCAUCUCCACUUCCAGUAGCAGUCUACAUCCACGGAGGAGCUUUCAAUCGUGGCACUGCUGCCGGUCACAACACAGCUUCAAUGGUGGGAUUUUCGGAGCUUCCGUUCAUUGGCGUAUCCUUCGGAUAUCGGAUAGGAGCUCUAGGUUUUCUGCCCUCGCGAUUGAGCGCUUUGGAAGGGGCGCUCAACUUGGGCCUGAAGGACCAGAUCUACCUGCUGGACUGGGUCGAGGAAAACAUUCAUCAUUUUGGAGGUGAUAAAAACAACGUGACCCUCGUUGGGCUUUCGGCCGGAGCACACUCCAUUGGGCAUCAUCUGUUAAACUACGAGGAAAGCAGACCACCCAAGUUCCAUCGUGUCAUCAUUGAAUCUGGCGCACCGACAUCUCGUGCUGUGCGACAACCAGAUGCAGACAUUCACGAGCAGCAGUUCAAGGACUUCUUGGAAGCAGUUGACACCCCUGCAUCUUUACACGAUUCUGAAGUUUUCAGCUACCUUCGCAGCCUUCCAACGGAAACUAUUGCUCAAGCACAAACUAAGGUUUUUCAAAAGUAUAACCCCAGUCUUCGCUGGGCCUUUCAACCAGUGAUCGAUAAAGAAGUCAUCCGUGGCAGACCAAUCGAUGCCUGGCGAACAGGUAGAUGGCACAAAAUGCCGAUCAUGACUGGAUUCCAAGGCAACGAAGGUUCGCUUUACGUGAAUAAGAAGAUGUCGACUUCAUCAGAAUUCUCGGAUUUCUGGAGAAUGCUGCUGCCGCAGUUGAGCGAUGAUGAAGUGCAAGCGAUUGAUCAACUUUACCCUGAUCCGGAAAAGGUUCCCGAGUCUAUUUACAAGGAAACGAGGCUCGAUCAUGGCGUGGGAGCACAGUACAAGCGGAUCGAAGCAGCAUAUGCGCACUAUGCGUAUGUAGCCCCAGUUCGCCAAACCGCCUUCUUUGCCAGCCAAGACACCUCUGUGUAUUUAUACCACUGGGCCUUGAAAAGAAACAUCGUCGAGGGAGCGCGUCACGCUGACAACAUGUUCUUCGAAAUGAGGGAUCCUGAAAUCUGCGCUCUUGCGCCAAGUUUGGAUGAAUUGUCUGGUACACUGCACGCGUACAUCACCAGCUUCAUCUGCACCGGUUCUCCAAAUACGCUUGGCGGUACUUAUAGCGCACGGCCAGUUUGGAGUUCGUAUAAUAAACAGGACCCAAAAUUGAUGAUCUUCGGGAAAGACAACACGCAGUUCAUGGGAGGUAAGGAUAUCGGAGAGCCGGCAGUUCUUGUGGCGGACGAAUUUGGAAGGGAGGAGUCUGAGUUUUGGUGGUCCAAGGUCGAGCUAUCUCAGCAGUGAGUCUAAUUAGGUUCACGCGAUCGAAUUCUCGAGAACUUCAAUUGGAUGAUCUUCAUCUCCUC